AAUAAAAUAAUUAAAACCCGGAAACUUCCGGUGUUCGGACACAGUCACCUGACCGAACAAGUGACAGAAGUUUGGGCAGCAGGUCAACUUUUGUUAGUUAACAGAACCAGAACCGAGUGUUAUAAUGCGUGGGUUGAUUUGUGGACCAAAACUCGCCGCGUGUGGGAUUGUGUUGAGCACGUGGGGGGUUAUAAUGCUGGCCAUGCUGGGGAUUUUCUUCACCACACAUUCAGCAGUGCUGAUUGAAGAUGUUCCUUUUAAAGAUCAAGACAUCCACCAAGAUGUCAACCCUCCUCAGAGGAUCUACGCCCUGUACAACCAGGUGGGCUACAACUGCUUCAUAGCAGCUGCUUUCUACAUCCUGUUUGGAUUCUUCUCCUGCUGCCAGAUGAAGCUCAACAAGCGGAAGGAGUACCUGGUGCACUAGUGCCCCCCCGCUGGACGGAGGAGCUCCCAGCAGCACUCUGGCAGCAGGAGGCCACGUUCAGGAGCUCGCAGCUCUUCUCUAAUCACUGACUUCUGUCUCAGGGUUUAAAAUUCCUAAUCCUAAACUACAGUGGAGGGGGGGACUGGCCGCUGUGUUGGGAGAAGAUCGACGUUCUGCACCUUCAUGUAUUCAAGAGGAGAUUAAUUCUACCUCUGAUCACAAGUGAUGCAAUGAUUUGAUUGUGGUGGUAAAAACUACCCACUGAAAUGCUAAUAGCUGUUGUUCUCCAGAGUCUCAGUGAUUAUUCUUGUUAACAUUUUUUUUUUUUAAAUAUAUACUGUAAUGUACAAUAGAAUGUAUUUUUUGAUUAUGGCCAGUAUCAGUGUUUGGAAUGUUAGAAUGUCAUUAGAUCUAGUUCUUUAGUUUCAGUGGACUUUUGUCUGUACAGUGCCUCAGAGAAUCGUGUUUUGAAUGGUUGUCUUUAUUCAAAUGUCCAAGGGUGUAGUCCAGCAUUCAUUUCAAACAUUAAAGACAUGUGGAGUUAA